AUGGCUCCUCGACGUACGGUCUCCUCGGUACCGGCAGGGUACAAGGAGGACUUGUCAAAGGGCAAGAUGCUUCGGUUUGAAGACUCGCUGCCACAGUUGCCAGUCCCUACUUUGGAGGAGACCGGAAGACGGUAUCUCAAGUCGGUGCACCCGCUGCUCACGACGGAAGAGUACAAGAAGACGGAAAAGGCGGUUUCAGACUUCGUCAGGCCAGGUGGUGAGGGAGAGGUCCUUCAGAAACGCCUGAUUGCUCGGAGUGAGGAUCCCAAGAUCGAGAACUGGCUGCACGAGUGGUGGAAUCAGACUGCCUACCUUGCCUACCGUGACCCGGUCGUGCCAUAUGUCAGCUACUUCUACUCGUACCGGGAUGACAGGCUACGACGUGAUCCUGCAAAGCGAGCCGCUGCCAUUGCCACCUCUGUGCUGGAGUUCAAGAGACAGGUCGACGAUGGCUCUCUUGAGCCGGAAUAUCUGCGCAAGGAACCCAUGGCCAUGAGCUCGUACCAGUACAUGUUCAACUGCUGCCGCAUCCCUGCCGACGGAGAAGAUUACCCCCUAAAGUAUCCAGCCAAGGAGAACGAGCAUAUCAUCGUCAUGCGCAAGAACCAGAUGUUCAAGGUGCCAACCUCGAUAAACGGCCAGCAGCUCAACACCUCCGAGUUCCAGAAGCAGUUCGAGACCAUCAUCAAAAAGGCUGAGCGGGUCCCAGCCGUCGGUGCCUUGACGUCUGCCAACCGUGACUUCUGGACUGCUGCUCGCAAGAACCUCCUGGCCGCCAGCCCUGCCAACGAAGCCGCCCUGAAGACCGUCGAGGGUGCCUCCUUCAUCAUCUGUCUCGACGAUGCAUCCCCCGUCACCCUCGAGGAGCGUGCCCACGUCUACUGGCACGGUGACGGCGCCAAUCGCUGGUACGACAAGCCGCUGAACUUCAUCGUCAACGAGAACGGAACGGCCGGUUUCCUAGGCGAACACAGCAUGAUGGACGGCACCCCAACCCACCGUCUAAACGACUACGUCAACCAGCUCAUCUUCAGCAACAGUCUCGACUACUCCAACCCUUCUAUCCGCUCCAACCUGCCCGAACCCCAACCCAUCAACUUCGAACUCAACCCUUCCGUCCUCAAGGACAUCGCCACCGCAACCCAGGACUUCGAGACCGUCAUCAACAAGCAUGAGCUUCGCGUCCAGGCCUUCCAGGCUUACGGCAAGGGCCUCAUCAAGAAAUUCAAAUGCAGUCCAGACGCCUACGUCCAGAUGCUCAUUCAACUCGCCUACUUCAAGAUGUACGGCAAGAACAGACCAACAUACGAAUCUGCCUCAACACGCAAAUUCAAACUUGGCCGUACCGAAACCACCCGUUCCGUAUCAGACGAUAGCGUUGCCUUCUGCAAAGCCCAGGCUGACCCGUCCGUCUCGAGAGAGGAGCUGGUCAAGCUCUUCCGCACCGCAGUGGCAGCUCACUCCAAAUACACCGCCGAAGCCAGCGUUGGAAAGGGCGUGGACAGACAUCUCUUCGGCUUGAAGAAGUUGAUCCGUGACGGCGAGGAUGUUCCUUCGCUCUUCAAGGAUCCUACAUAUGCCUACAGCGGCUCCUGGUUCUUGAGUACCAGUCAGCUUAGCUCAGAAUACUUCAACGGCUACGGAUGGAGCCAGGUCAUCGAUGAUGGAUUCGGAAUCGCCUAUAUGAUCAACGAGAACAGCAUCCAAUUCAACAUCGUCUGCAAGAAGAUUGGCGCUGAGAGGAUGAGCUUCUAUCUUAAUGAAGCUGCCUGCGAAGUUAGAGACAUGCUAUUGCCCGAUCUUCUCAAGGAGAGCGAGAAGGCCAAGCUCUAA